AUGGACAGAUCAAUAGUCAAAUAUUGUAAUACAUGUGAAGAACUUGCUGGAUUUUAUUGCAAUGGAUGCCAUAGAAUAUUUUGUCAACGUCAUGGUCACGAACAUCGACAAUCACUUUAUGAACAACUUGAUUGGUUAACUGUGGAUCAUGACGAUUUUGUUAAUACAGUUAAUAGUACUGAGUCAAUCACACAGAGACAUUAUUCAUCAAAACAAAUUAUUGAUAAAUGGGAAGAAGAAUCCAUAAAAUAUAUCCAAAAAACGGCAAACGAAGCUCGACGUGCACUUUCAGAUGCCAUAAAAGAUCACAUUAAUGAAGUAAAAGAAAAAUUAAAACUAUUAACAGAAAAAUUACAUGAAGUAAGUCAUAACAAUAAUAAUCAUAAUAAUCAAAAUACUACUAAUACUUCUACUACUACCAAUAAUAAUAAUCAAUAUAAUACUUUUGAUGAAAGAAAUAUAAGACAAUGGGCAACAGAAUUAAAUAAUCUUAAACAUGAAUUUAUUGCACAAUCCACAUUUACUGUUCGUAUUCAUGGUAAUAAACCUGUUGUAAUGCCGAUUAUAAAAAUUCAACCUGAUCAUGUGCAUGAAAAUUACUCGAAUGAUCAACAAGGAUAUACAUUUGGUGUAGUUCCUAUUAAGAAUUCUCUUGAUUCAAACAAAUCAUCUUCUAUGAAUAUACAAGAAGAAAAACCGAUUACUCAUGUAUCUGUAGAUCAAAAUUUAAUUUUAUUAUCACAAAAAGAUGAUCGAUUUUCAUUAUGUACUGAUCAUGUUAAAAUUCUUGAUAAUGGUCAACUUAUCAUUCAUGAUUCUACAAAAUUUGAUGCAUCAAUAAUUGGUUAUCAAGAAUAUUCUCAAGGUGAACAUAAAUUACUCUUUCAUAUCGAACAUAUGACUUCUGAUGAACGGAUUUUUUUUGGUAUUGUAUCCAAACAUACAUCUCUUAAUCAAAAUUCCUAUAUGGAUUCAUCAGCUCAUGGUUGGUCUGGAUAUAAUAAUGUUUACUUAAAUGGAAAAUCGAUGCCUACUCUCAAUGGAUAUCUUGAUAAUAUGAAAAUGAAUGAUUUUAUUGAAUUAACAAUUGAUUGUGAUAAACAAAAAAUUUUUUUAUGGCAUUCACGUCAAAUAUAUAAAAAUAAACUUCCUGUUGAUAUACGAACAUGUCCAUUUCCAUGGCAAUUAUUAAUAAGUUGUCAUAAUCCAAAUGAUACGAUACGUAUUUUACCAUCAUCAAUCAGUUCAAUAAUUAAACAAGAACAAGAUAAAUUAAAUAAUGCUAUGAAAAUUAAAGAAAAUGGAUUUGAAAAUGAAAAUGAUUGUUGUCCAAAUCGAUGGAAAAUAAAUAAAACAGAUGCAGUUCAAUAUGUUUAG